AUGUGGCUGCAUGGCAUUGCAAUACUGGACAUAGUAGAGUGCGGUGCCCUGGACACUGUGGAGUGCGGUGCCCUGGACACUGUGGAGUGCGGUGCCCUGGACACUGUGGAGUGCGGUGCUCUGGACACUGUGGAGUGCGGUGCCCUGGACACUGUGGAGUGCGGUGCUCUGGACACUGUGGAGUGCGGUGCCCUGGACACUGUGGAGUGCGGUGCCCUGGACACUGUGGAGUGCGGUGCCCUGGACACUGUGGAGUGCGGUGCUCUGGACACUGUGGAGUGCGGUGCUCUGGACACUGUGGAGUGCGGUGCCCUGGACACUGUGGAGUGCGGUGCCCUGGACACUGUGGAGUGCGGUGCUCUGGACACUGUGGAGUGCGGUGCCCUGGACACUGUGGAGUGCGGUGCUCUGGAGAGUGCAUGGGCAAAUCAAUUGCACCAUAAGCGCGAAUACACACUAUUUUUGAAUAAAUAUCAAGCCUUACCGAACCAACAAAGUAACCGCUAUUAACAAACGCACGCACCGAAUAUAAGGCGACGCCCGCAAUCUAUACAUUAACCGAAUGCCAUAUGCCAACUUCAGGGCAGAAUUGGAACUAGAAUGUGUUCAGAGUAUCAGAUCAUGGAUGCAAGUAGUCAUUUACCUUUUCUAACUCCAAUUCCAAUCACGAAACGUGGAAAUAUAUGA